AUCACAUGGCAGGAAGAGGCAGCAGCAUCAUGGAGCACACAGCAGGCUGCAGAGACAGCUCCUCCGUCAGUCAGCGCUUUGACUGUCUCACACAUGUGUCCAGAUGUUUUCAGACGGGGACAUGUCCCACACGAAGUGCUGCCGAGGUGGCCCGUGUGAUAUUCUCCGGGGUGUGUGGACCGGUCCCCGGUGAGGACAGAGAGAGUGGUCCUGCAGAGAGCUGUGAUCUGACCUGCAUCAGUGUGAGUCUGGUGGAGAGGAUCACCUCUGACCUGACGUCCCGGGUCCUGCCUCCUGCACUGACCUCCUACUGCGGGGAGAUCCUGACGGUGUUUCAGGACCUGGAUCUCAUGUCCCAACUUGUCCAGCUGUUCCACGCUGAGGACCAGAUCAUCUCACAUCUCGCUGCAAAGACUGCAUCAACAUGUGUUUGCUAUCAGCUCCUCAAAUCUGGCACCGUCAGUCCUGUGUGGCAGCAGAAGUGUGUGCAGACAUUCUACAACUCAGCCCUUGGUCCUGAGCUGGACGCCUGUCUGUGGUCGCUGACUGAAGUCCUGAAAAGACUUCUUAAAGGAGCUCAUCAAGACAUCCUUGGGAAACUUCUGUCAGCGUUUGACUCCAGCCUCAGUGCUUUGUGUUCAAAGUUCCUGCCUGAGGAGAGAAAAGAGGCGACGCAGUGUUCAGUGGAACGCUGGGGAACAACAUUCUGCCUCCUGCUGGACCUGCUGGAGGUGCUGACCGCAUCCAGUUUGAUAUGUGGAGCCGGUGUGUGUCUGAAGAGUCAGAGGAUAACUCACAUCCACUCCUCAGCACUGCUGACAACAAUCAGCUGCUGCUCAGAGUAUUUUGUCAAAAAGCGAGCGCUGCUGCUUCUGAAGAGAGCGGUGCUUCAGAAGGCUGGAGAGGACUGGGCUUCAGGUGACGUGCUGUCCACUGGAAUAAAACACAAGCACUUCAGCUCUGAUAUGAGUCUGCUGGCUCACAGCGUGCUCACAGCUGUGGCUACUAACUGGCUGCAGAGUGUUCAGGUGGAGUCAGCCUCUUUCUUUGGGGGGGCGAGAUGCGUCAGAGUCGAGGAGGGUCAAAAACCAGAUUGUGUGAUGCUGAGGGCCGUCAGCCUGCUUCUUCUCAAGUCCAUUGAGCUUCACAUCCAAACAGCUGGAGGAGCAGCAGGAGCGGACAGUGCUGCAGAGGUUUCUGGGUAUCUGCAGAAUCUGUGGGGCUUCCUGCAGCAGUGCGGUGUCCAGCUGACGGAGGUCACUCACCGCUGCUGCUGGAUCAGCCUGCUGUUUGGAGAACAGGACGAUGACAUGAUGGAGGCAGCCAAAGCUUUGCUGUCCAUAUUCUUACAUCACAGACGGUGUUCAGGGUUGGAGGACUCUGCUGUGUUGGAGGCAGCCUGUGCGUCCGGCUGCAACCCUCACUGCCACUUCCUGCUGCUGCUCCAGAGCAUCUCCUUCGACCACAGCAUCCUCCUCGACUUCCUCAUCUCCACUGAAACCUGCUUCCUGGAGUACUUUGUGCGGUACCUCAAGUACCAGAGAGCCGACUGGCCGGGCUUCACUGCAGCAUGUGGACGAAUCAGCUGGCCUCAGCUGUCACUGACUGCCUCAUGUGGUGGUGAUGUGUUAAAGGUGACAUGUAAAGGUCAGCCAGAUGGAGUUGAACUCAGCUCCUGUGACCAGCCCACAGGUGUUACUUCACCAGUGGGAACAAUGAGUUCGGCUGCUGGGAUUCACCUUGUAGAGUACGACAGUUCUGACGAGUCUGAGCCAGAGGACAUGGAGGUUUGUCAGGAUGAACCAGGAGCAGCUGUGUGUGAGAACAUUAGUGCUAUGGAUGUGAAACAAGAGAUUAGUGGACAACCAGUACCCAUCAAGCUGGAACAGUAUGAGUCAUUGAACUCACCAGGAUCACUAAGUGAACCUAACUCCACACCAGAGAGAAGACCAGGAGGACCGCCACUGUCGGUGUUACAGACUGAGGAAGCAUCACGUCCAGGUUCACAGGUGACCUGUAAAACAUUAGCCAGAGCAGUCCUCUGUAUGUCAGCGCUCAGAGAGGUGGUGACGAGGCUGCAGAUGAAGAAACUCUUCCCAUACAACCCUUCGUCACUCUUAAAGCUCUUAGCACAAGUAGAGAACUGUUCCUAGCGAUCAUGUCUGUUACAGUUCAAUAAAGAUAUAUGUUUUGUGAAAUGUAAAUAGUCCAGUGUCUGUCCUCCCAUGAUUUUUAGACAUGUCCAUGCAUCUUCCAUCAAUCAAUCCAGCACCAAUCAUUUGCCAUAUGAAAUCAUACAAACAGGGUUUAUACACAUUUUUACUAACACAUUUCCAUGGGCCUUUCCCAAACCGCCCCUACAACCUCUCCCUACCCACUUUCACUCUGUUUCCAGGGUCCACCACAUUCAGUGCCAUCCCAAACCAAGCAGCGAGGAGUGGAACUGCGUUAUAAAACAGCAAUGGCUGCGUUUAUCCCCUUCACCUAUCCCCUCAGCUGCGAAGGUGUCUGCAAUAAACUCUGUGAUGGAGUGGGUAGGGUCUGGUUUUGGACAGGUCCCAUGACUGAAACAAAUUUUCAUCGCCAUUGCAUUCUGUGGAAAGUAUGUGUGUAACAUUACAUGAAAAGAUUAAAGAUCCAUUAAUAAAAAAUGUACCAGUAGUUUCUUAAAAUAAGCAGCCAGUCAAAAACUACAUAUAAUAGUUGAAUACUUGUGUUUACUGCAUCUGAAUCAGGGAGUCAUCUGGCUGUUGGGGAAACCAUGACCUGAAAAAGCUGGCUUGUG